AUGUUGGACAAGAGGCGCGGUUGCGUCGAUGCAGAGUCGGAGGAGAUGACGGCUGCACAGGUAUCGUCGGCCGAUGACUCGAGGCCCAGGAUCAGCAAGGGUCGCUCAAGAGGGGCUGAGGAAGACGGCGUCGUUGCUUGCGAUGGGGACGUUGUUCCUCUCCUGCACGUCGAAUGCAAGGCUCGGUGCGGCGAUGAUGUGAGAACAUUACGAAUAGAGUGA